GACAGUUCAAUAUUGAUCCAUAAACAAUGAGUUCUCUGACGUUUCAAACGGAUCUAUGGAUAAAGGAAGGCGUUGUAGAACUUAUAGAAGAGAACUCAUCUUUCGCAUUAGUUGUAAUCACAGUUGUAAUGACGGCUGCUAAUUAACUUGCCAUAAUUUGUCGCCGAUAUCAGGUUUUACGCCUCGUAUUAUAUUGUCACCAUCUUAUAUCUUUCAAUUUUGGCAAGAGUGUGAAGAAAAGGCUUAAAACUGGUGUUCGAUAAGUCACUUGGCAAUAUGCCUGCCGUUAGGGGAGAUGGAAUGCGAGGGCUCGCCGUCUUCAUAUCAGAUAUAAGAAACUGUAAAAGUAAAGAAGCUGAAAUAAAGAGGAUCAACAAGGAGCUGGCUAAUAUAAGAAGUAAGUUCAAAGGCGACAAAACUCUUGAUGGGUACCAAAAGAAAAAGUACGUUUGUAAACUUUUAUUUAUUUUUCUGCUCGGUCAUGACAUCGACUUUGGGCACAUGGAGGCGGUCAAUCUGCUUUCGUCUAACAAAUAUUCCGAAAAACAGAUUGGAUAUCUUUUCAUAUCCGUCCUGGUCAACACCAACAGUGACCUAAUUAAGCUUAUCAUUCAAAGCAUUAAAAAUGAUCUGCAAUCUCGCAACCCCAUCCAUGUCAACUUAGCCCUCCAGUGCAUUGCUAAUAUUGGCAGCAAAGACAUGGCCGAAGCCUUUGGAACAGAGAUUCCAAAGCUUCUAGUCUCAGGAGAUACUAUGGAUGUGGUAAAGCAAUCUGCUGCAUUGUGUCUUUUAAGACUAUUCCGAAAAUCACCAGAAAUCAUACCUGGAGGUGAAUGGACAUCUCGUAUUAUACAUUUGCUUAAUGAUCCUCAUAUGGGUGUGGUGACUGCAGCGACAUCUCUAAUUGAUGCUCUUGUUAAGAAAAACCCAGAUGAGUAUAAAGGAUGUGUAACAUUGGCUGUUGCUAGACUAAGCAGGAUUGUUACUGCUAGUUAUACAGACCUUCAAGACUACACAUAUUACUUUGUACCAGCUCCAUGGUUAUCUGUCAAACUGCUUCGUUUGUUGCAAAACUACACACCACCAUCAGAGGAACCAGGUGUUAGAGGAAGGCUUUCAGAAUGCCUUGAAACUAUAUUUAACAAAGCCCAGGAGCCCCCAAAAUCAAAGAAAGUUCAACACUCAAAUGCAAAGAAUGCAGUACUUUUUGAGGCUAUCAGCCUUAUUAUCCACAAUGAUAGUGAACCAAAUUUAUUAGUCCGUGCAUGCAACCAACUGGGCCAAUUUUUGAGCAACCGUGAGACAAAUUUGCGAUAUUUAGCUCUUGAGUCAAUGUGUCAUCUUGCUACUUCUGAAUUCUCACAUGAAGCAGUCAAAAAACACCAAGAAGUAGUUAUUUUGUCUAUGAAAAUGGAAAAAGAUGUUUCAGUUCGACAACAAGCUGUAGAUUUGCUGUAUGCAAUGUGUGACAAAACAAAUGCUGAAGAAAUUGUUCAAGAAAUGUUGGCAUAUUUAGAAACUGCUGAUUAUUCAAUCAGAGAAGAAAUGGUGCUCAAAGUGGCUAUUUUAGCUGAAAAAUAUGCCACAGACUUCACCUGGUAUGUUGAUGUGAUUUUAAAUCUGAUCAGAAUUGCAGGGGACUAUGUAUCAGAAGAAGUUUGGUACAGGGUAAUUCAGAUUGUAAUCAAUAGAGAAGAAGUGCAAGGUUAUGCAGCUAAAACAGUUUUUGAAGCAUUACAGGCACCCACUUGCCAUGAAAAUAUGGUUAAAGUGGGAGGUUACAUCCUUGGAGAAUUUGGAAAUUUAAUAGCAGGUGAUACUAGAUCCUCACCACAAGUACAAUUUGAACUGCUUCACUCUAAAUAUCAUUUAUGCUCCGUAGCUACUAGAGCACUUCUCUUGUCAACUUAUAUCAAACUUGUUAACCUUUUCCCUGAAAUUAAGAACCGUGUGCAAGAAGUAUUCCGUGCUGAUUCUAAUUUACGUUCAGCUGAUGUUGAAUUACAACAGAGAGCUUCAGAAUAUUUACAACUCAGUAUUGUAGCAAGCUCUGAUGUACUGGCUACGGUGUUGGAAGAGAUGCCUGCAUUCCCAGAGAGAGAAUCUUCUAUACUCGCUGUUUUGAAAAAGAAGAAGCCUGGCCGUAUACCUGAUGAUGUCAGAGAAUCAAAAAGCCCUCAACCAACAGCAAUGCCCGCUGCUAUCACUAAUGCUACUACUAAUAAUACAAAUAGCUCCAGUGCAGAUCUGCUGGGACUAUCCACACCACCAGGCACCACAGCACCUCCUUCUGGCAAUGGCUUAUUAGAUGUGCUCGGAGAUCUCUAUACAACUCCAAAAAUAAGUCCCAGUACAGUUCAACAAAAUAAUAUCAAGAAAUUCCUGUUUAAAAACAAUGGAGUCCUGUUUGAAAAUGAUUUGAUUCAAAUAGGAGUCAAAAGUGAGUUCCGACAGAAUUUGGGUAGAAUUGGCUUAUUCUAUGGCAAUAAAACACAAUUCCCAAUUCAGAAUGUUCGUCCAGAAUUGCAUUGGACAGAUUUACUCAAAUUGAAUGUACAGAUGAAGCCAAUGGAACCAGUAUUGGAUGCAGGUGCCCAAAUUCAGCAAAUGUUGACUGCAGAGUGUAUAGAAGACUUCACGGAUACACCAAGCAUGUCUGUAUCAUUUGUUUAUAAUAAUGUACCCCAAAAGAUCACAAUGAAACUUCCACUUACAUUGAACAAAUUCUUUGAACCAACUGAAAUGAAUGGUGAAUCAUUCUUUGCAAGGUGGAAGAACUUAGGAGGAGAACAGCAAAGAGCCCAAAAAAUAUUUAAAGCUCAAGGAUCCAUUGAUUUAAGUGCAACACGUACCAAAUUAGCUGGUUUUGGUAUGCAGCUACUGGAUGGUAUUGAUCCUAAUCCUGAUAACUUUGUAUGCGCUGGCAUUGUACACACCAGAGUUCAACAAGUUGGCUGUCUCAUGAGAUUGGAACCAAACAAACAAGCUCAAAUGUAUAGACUGACAAUAAGAUCCAGCAAGGAAUCAGUCUCACAGGAAAUAUGUAAUCUGCUGGCAGAUCAGUUUUAAAUAUAGACCAUUGACUAGAAAGAACAUCAAUAGACAUCACAUUUGAUGUAAUAGUCACACAAAGGGUCACAGUCACUAUGUAGAGUUGCUGUUAUAUGUUUAAUGUAAACGCAUGCAAGUUUACCUUAACAAUACAUUUUUCUAUAUGAAAAAUAAAAUCCCAUAAUAUGUACAAUUUUAAAUUUAUUUUAUUGCUAACUUAGAAUUAGAUUUUCUAAACUGAGACACAAAAUCAUGUAUGGAAUAUUAAAUUUGUUAAGUCAAAAGACAAUGAAUUUCGUUCUAUUUGAGGACUAAGUGCUAGGCAAUUUUUAUGAUAUUAACCAAUUCAUCCAAAAUUUAUUUUGUAGCAAUAAAAAAUAUUCCAGUUAUUCUACUAAGUGAUAAAUUAUAGAUUGUUUGGGUAAAAUGCAGCCCCUUACGAAAUUUUCCAUCUCUUUUUACAUGCAUAGGAAUUUUCAUGUUAUUUGGUAUAUUGAUACCAAAAAUAUUGUGUUAUUUUGUAUAUAUAGAAAGUAAAUAGGGUUCUCAAAGCUUCAUCAACUCUUAAUAUAAUCCAUAAAUCAAGAGAUCUACAAUUUAUUAUUAUAGUAUGAUUAUUCAUAAAUGAUAAUCAAAUAUGUAUAUUUGAAAUAUAAGGAAUAUUGUACCAAAGUGCAUAUUUGGCUGUUACAUCUAUGUAUCACAAAAUUUUGAUUCAUUUUCAAGUCUCGGCAGGAUGGAAUAUUGCUUUGUUAUUGAAUUGCUAUUUGCAAGUCAAAUAUGUGCUGAAUACCUAACAGAAUAUUAUGAUUUGUUUAGGUUUAUUUUUCUUGAAAAUUAUGCACAAUUUUUCCAUACUGCUGAGAACCUAUCGUUAUUGUAUUCCUAAGUGUUAUCUAUUAUUACUAAAAACAUGUAUCAAAUAUUGUGUAGUGUGAUGUCACUUUGCAUGAUAAUAGACUAAAUGAAUGUUUCGAGGAAAACUAAAAGUAUUGCUGUUUUUCGAGUUUAUUGAUGUUCAUUUUUUUAUGUAAAGUUCCUGUUGAUACUUAGUCAUAUUUAAAGUGGGAGAUACGAGUUUAGCGCCAGAUUUCCCCCUUCUCAUAGUUUCCUAUGGAGCUAACAUUUAUUUUUUAUUUUAUUGUAGUCUGGCAGAACGAUAUUUAUGAUAUUAUAGCAGAUGUAUUUGUUUCUAAAAGCGUACCUAAUAUAAUAAACAUCUUUGAUAAAAAUAUUUAUUACUUUUUGAGAGUCGUAUUUAUAUGAAAACAUAGACAUUGGAAUAAAAUAAAUUUAACCAUCUCAUAUAAACUUAAUUUUGAUAAACACUAAUGUGAAUAAAAAUUGUCUAUAUCUGUACUAAUAAUUAUUAUAAUGAAUGACAUUCCUGUCGGUUUUAGUUAAAGUUAUGUAUUAAAUAUUUAUGCUCAUAAUAUUCUACUUAAUUAUAAUGAUUUCGUCGCAUAAAUUUUAGUAGCAUAGUGUGAAUCUGAUUUUAAGUAGUCUGUUUCUUUGCUAUUGUCACUUAAUUUCUAUUUUAAUAAUGGUAUAUCUCGGAAAUGAGCUCGUAAUGUGUAUUGUGUGUGUGGCGUGUUACAACAGAGAUUAAGCUAGUUGAUGCGUGCUUUUGAGUUUAUUUAGGAAUCUCACAUCCUUAUAUGAUUUGUUUCUAUAUUUUUUGUACCACAAAAUGUAGAGUGUAGAAUAAUGUAGGUAAUCUAGUAUUAAAACAUUGUAAUGUUAUAAAAACCACUAGCAUGCUUAAGUUUUCGUUGCAUAGAAGACUUGUUAAGAAUCGAUAAAUAAAAAUUAAUAUAUCAUUUCAAAUUAUAAUAAUCUUGUUAAAAAUGUGGUAUAACACAAUAUGUAUAUUAUGGUAUUAAAUUAUACUAUACAUGCUUAUUUGAUACAUGUACACUUAUAUAUUACCUAUGUGGUUAUUGUCAACUGUAAAAUAUCGCAGAGGGGCGUGAUUCAAUAAUAGACAUAGAUGUUUGUUCUUGUGCUUUCAAAACAAUACUGUAAUUGUCUUAAAUAAAAUAUUUAUCCAAAGCA